AUAAAGACAUUACAGUCGUAAGCGAAUUAAAAUUCCUUUUUAACAACGAUUCAAGGAUAAUCGUUGCAAAACGAUAUGUGUGUAUGUGAAUAAGGGCGAAACGAGUUGAAAAAGGAGAUUUAUGGUGUCAAAGAAAAUUUUUGAAGUAUGAGCAUAUAAAGAAAGUACAGAAAAAUAAAAUAAAAUACAAAAGAAGAAAAAGAGAUUAAAUUUACUUAAAGAAUUUAAAUUAAAUAAUAAAAAAGUUCAACAGUGAAAACGGAAAAUAAAAGUGUGUUUCAGAUUAAUUAAUAAAAUAUAAAACAAUCAGAAUUUUUCCAUACGAAAAGUGUUCAACAACAAAUUCUUUAAAUGUGUAUAAAAUAUCGAAAUUACACUCAAAAUUUUAAAAGUGCUAAGAAAACUUUAAGAAAUUGAAAAGAAAAACUAUUGUAACAAAAAGCUUCCCUCUUUAACCAACUAAUAACUCCACCACAUAAAAAUUUCUAAGUGGUCAUGCAUGAUUUGAGCAUAACAAUUGUCGAGGAGCAUACAAAACGUUUAAGUCGCAAUUUGGCCUUAACACAAACCCGGCGACGUACUAUUACUUUCCAAGAUCCGCAGGAGAUUGAAAUACAAAAUCCCGAUUCUAAAACUACCAUAAUAAAGAAUAGCAAACAGAAAUCCUUUACUUCCACCACUACCACAGAGCGAGCUUUAAGGCCCGCUAAGGAUCCAGUGACUUCAACUAUAACAACCACCACUGUGGCAGUGCCGUAUAAGAAUUUUAAAAUUUGGACUGAUUAUGAUAGGGAACAAAAUUUCUUAUUACACAUAAAGGAGCAAAAGGACUUCAAGGAUCAGCAACAACAAAGACAAAUGAAAAGUAUAUGAUAUAUGGAUGAAGUAGAACCCCAGCGCCGAAAUAAGGGUUCUAAAUUAAUCAUUGAUCUAAAUUGAUAAGAAAUUAAGAAUAAGGACAUUUUUGAAAGCUUUAAAUUUAUAAAUUUUUGUAAGUAUUUUCUGCUAAUUGACACAAA